AUGGCUUCAACAGAGGCCAUAAUUCAAUUCGGGAUCUUAAUCCUAACAUUAUCAUUAUGCUUCCUCAUGCUUUAUUUCCGCAACCAAAAAACCCAUUCAAAAACUCGAACCCGUAACAAAAUCCGUCAACCCGAACCAAACCGUCACCUGAAUCAAGCCUCACGCCAUCUGAACCGGGCCCGAUCCACAACAAACAAAACCCUCCACGCCAAAAACGCUCUCUCAGAAGCAGAUCAAGCCCUAGCUAUCACCCCACGGGAUCCCUCCGUCCACAUUCUCCGAGCCAGAGCACUUUGCAUCAUGAACCACCGCACCUCCGCCAUCAAGUCCCUCGACACAGCUCUCUCUCUUCCGGCCGCGAAGUUUCUUCCCCCGCAAGAGCGCGCCGAUUUGCUGGUUUUUAGGGCUGAAAUGAAACUCGCGGUGAAUCGGAAGCGGCGAGUUGAAUCGGCGAUGGAGGAUAUUGAAGAAGCGGUUAGAGUGAGUGGAGAGGAAAAUGAUAACUCUGAAGCUUUGUGUUUGUUGGGAAAAUGUUACGAAUGGAAAGGGAUGAGAGAAGAAGCGAAGAAUGUGUAUGAGAAGGUUCUUGACGUUGAACCGGGUUCAGCUGAGGCUCGCAUUGGGUUGAAACGGUUAGGCCUGUAG